AUGUUCCUGCUACAGUCUCGAGCUAGUUGCAGACUCAGGGAGAGCCCGGAGGAGGGCAAAGUGUUUACAGAGGGUAUGCUGAUGAAUGAAGAGAGAGGAGUCGUGCCCCUGCUGCUGGUUCUGCACUGGAAACAUGGGGCGGGGAGCCCCCUUCCUAUCACCCCUGUCAACGCCACCUGUGCCACACGCCACCCAUGUCACAGCAACCUCAUGAACCAGAUCAGGAACCAACUGGCGCAGCUCAAUGGCAGUGCCAAUGCCCUCUUUAUUCUCUAUUACACGGCCCAGGGGGAGCCGUUCCCCAACAACCUGGACAAACUGUGCGGCCCCAACGUGACGGACUUCCCGCCAUUCCAUGCCAACGGCACAGAGAAGACCCGGUUAGUGGAGCUGUACCGCAUCAUCGCUUACCUUGGUGCCUCCCUGGGCAACAUCACCCGGGACCAGAAGGUCCUCAAUCCCAAUGCCCUCAGCCUCCACAGCAAGCUGAACGCCACUGCAGACAUCAUGCGGGGCCUCCUCAGCAACGUGCUCUGCCGCCUGUGUAACAAGUAUCACGUGGCCCACGUGGACGUGGCCUAUGGCCCUGACACCUCAGGCAAGGACGUCUUUCAGAAGAAGAAGCUGGGCUGUCAGCUCCUGGGGAAGUAUAAACAGGUCAUUGCUGUGGUGGCCCAGGCCUUCUAG